AUGGGCCUCCUAGAUGUUCGACCAGACGAUCUACUGCCUAUUUUGGCUAUUAUACUCGUCGUUCUCGUCAUUGCCCUAGGAGACUUUAUCAACUUCUUCCUGCCAUCAAGAGCAAUCCCCGCGGCGUCGGAGUAUACCUAUGUCUCCGCACUCAAUCCCGACGAGCCAAAACCCCUGCCUUCGCUGGGCGAUACACCGUCUGUGAAACUCUCCAUCGUUGUCCCAGCAUACGAUGAGACGGAGCGAUUGAAACCCAUGAUCGAUUCUACGUUGACGCACCUGCACUCACUCCGACCACACCGCUCAUUUGAGAUUCUCAUCGUCGACGACGGCUCCCGUGACGGGACAGCCGAUCUGGCGCUUAAGCUGUCCAUUUCACACGCAAAGACAGAUUCAAAGGACGAAAUCCGUGUGGUUCGCCUGGAAACCAACCGUGGCAAAGGAGGUGCUGUCAAGCAUGGAUUCAUGCAUGCCAGAGGAGAGCGAAUUCUCUUUGUGGAUGCAGAUGAUGCAACCCGCUUCUCGGACCUAGAGACCUUGUGGUCGAAAAUGGACGAAAUGGAGGGCGACGAGGGAGCACCCGCCAUUGUCAUCGGGAGCCGAGCCCAUUUGGUGAAUAGCGAAGCCGUCGUCAAACGUUCCAAGAUUCGCAACUUUUUGAUGAAGGGGUUCCAUACCAUUCUCCGUAUACUUGGUGUUGGCCACAUUGGAGACACGCAAUGCGGUUUCAAGCUCUUCAAUCGCGCUGCUGCGCAGCAAGUCUUCCCACCACUCCAUCUUCCGACGUGGAUUUUCGACGUUGAGAUACUUUUGGUCGCCCAGGCACUCAACAUUCCCGUGCUGGAGAUUCCUGUCCACUGGAAGGAGAUUCCCGGAAGCAAGCUGAAUAUUGCAGGGGCGUCGCUGGGGAUGCUGAGAGACUUACUCCUGAUGCGUGCAAACUACAUGCUCGGGCGAUGGACUCCGUACGACUUUCGAGAGGACUGA